AUGGCUACCACCGCAGACCUUUCUUGGUUCCAGAUUCUCUCUCGAGGCCACUCCAAGAAGGUCAUCAAUGCUCAACCACAACGAGCCAAAGAUGACAAAUUCAAACUGGUCCCUGAAGUUCUCUACGAACAUGACGAUUUGAAAGCCGAGGUUCUUACUCGCAAGGCGGCCGUCAUCCUCCAACAGGCCUUGACACCUGGAUCUGUUUUUGUUUGCGAGCAAAUAUCCCCCCUAGUCCAAUUUCGCCCUUUGAGUCUGUACCACCAGAAGGCAAAUGGAGAUCUCUUAUUGGAAGCAAAGUUUGAUCGCCUCGAGGAUGCCAAGCUAGCCAUCAGGCAGGGCAUCACUUAUCAGAACAUUGUAUUCAAGGCUACUGCCGCCAAGGACAACAAUGAAGGGAGACUCACUCAUGUUCAAAUGACAAUUGUCCGCAUGACAGAUAUGGAGACUUUCGUGGAGGAUCUGCAGAAGUCCCUCAAGUUCUAUGGUAAAGUGUACCAGAUCAAGAAAUACACCAUCGAUGGUUUCUUUGAGGGUCAUAUCAGCUUUUUGAUCGACACUGCUGUCAACUACAGGAAUGCAGAGGGCAAGGAAUAUGACAUUCAACCAUUAAGCAGAAUGAUGUAUCUGUCAGCUUGGGACGUCUAUGUGCCUGCCACCUACCGCGGUGCACCACCCGUGUGCCAUUUCUGCCGCCAGAGUGGCCACAUCCGUGAUGCCUGCCCUGUCCUGGCCAAACGCCAAUGCUUCAAGUGUCGUAAGCUGGGUCACACCGCCAGGUUCUGUCGCGAGGAGGAAACCACGUUUGAGGAUGCCCUCGAGGAGUACGAGUCGAGUAAGAAGGCCAAUGAUGGAGUACGCGAGAAGCGCUGUGGAGCCACCCACACCAUCCAUGAUCAUGUAGCGCAACAACUGCAACGCCAAACUACAGCCAGCCAGUCAGCCACUUCUCAUGGCAGCCAGAUCAGUAAUGCCGAGUCGUCCGCAAUGGAAGUCGAUCCCAAGACCCUGCAACGCACUCCUCAUGGUAGCGAUGCUUCCAAGCAUGCUCCACUAGCUUCGUCUUUGUACAUGCAUGUGAAUUCUCAGGCAAGUGUCGCCAGCGUUUUCUCUCUCAAUGGUUUCCAGUCUGAUGUGCUCCCUCUCCGCCGUCAUUCUAUGAGCUCGACGUCCAUGUCGCAGACUCCAGUGUAUCAUGCCGCCCAUAGGGCUUAA